AUGCAGGCUACAAUCACAGCGGGAACGUCCGAGAUACGGGACAUCACGAAGAUGGAGCGCAUCGGCGCGCACUCUCAUAUCCACGGUCUCGGACUAGAUGACCGGUUAGAACCUCGCGCGAACUCGCAAGGUAUGGUUGGUCAAGGCAAGGCACGGAAGGCUGCGGGCAUGAUCCUCAAAAUGGUCCAGGAGGGGCGUAUAGCUGGACGCGCCAUGCUUUUCGCCGGUCCUCCCUCUACCGGAAAGACGGCCAUUGCUAUGGGCAUGGCGCAGACACUGGGCGCAGACGUGCCCUUCACCAUGAUCGCAGCAAGCGAGGUAUUCUCGCUGUCCAUGUCCAAAACCGAGGCGCUUACCCAGGCCCUCCGACGAAGUAUCGGCGUUCGCAUACGCGAAGAGACGGAGAUAAUCGAAGGCGAAGUCGUCGAAAUACAGAUUGACCGCAGUCUCACCGGGGCAACCAAGACGGGCAAGUUGACCAUCAAAACGACGGAUAUGGAAACCAUAUACGACCUGGGUACCAAAAUGAUAGACGCCUUGUCCAAGGAAAAGGUCCUUGCGGGCGACGUCAUCGCUAUCGACAAGACCUCAGGCAAAAUCUCGAAGCUCGGGCGAUCUUUCGCACGUUCGAGAGAUUAUGAUGCCAUGGGCGCUGACACAAAAUUCGUCCAGUGCCCUGAAGGCGAGAUUCAGAAGCGGAAAGAAGUCGUCCACACCGUUUCUCUGCACGAGAUAGACGUCAUCAACAGUCGGACGCAAGGCUUUCUGGCACUAUUUGCUGGCGAUACGGGUGAAAUCAAACCCGAAUUGCGGAACCAAAUCGAUACCAAGGUGGCGGAGUGGCGGGAGGAAGGGAAGGCAGAGGUCGUCCCUGGUGUACUGUUCAUAGACGAAGUGCACAUGCUCGACAUAGAAUGUUUCUCGUUCCUUAACCGCGCUCUCGAAAACGAGAUGGCACCGCUGGUCAUCAUGGCCUCCAACCGAGGCAUGGCGCGGAUACGGGGAACGAAGUUCCGGAGCCCGCACGGACUACCAGUUGAUUUGCUGGACAGGGUGCUUAUUGUCAGCACGAAACCUUAUACCGAAGAAGAUAUCCAACAGAUUAUCGCGAUAAGAUGUCAAGAGGAAGACGUAACAUUGACGCCGGAUGCCGUCUCCGUCCUCACGUCCAUGGCCUUGUCCACGACGCUUCGCUAUGCGCUCAAUCUGAUUUCCUGCGCUCAGAUCGUCGCACACAAGAGGAAAGCUGAACAGGUUGACGUGCCGGACCUGCGCCGAGCGUACACAUACUUCAUGGACGAAAAGAGAAGCGUGCAAUGGCUCAAAGAACAGCAAGGUACUCUGAUGUUCGAGGAGAUCCAAGAUGUGGAUGCUCCGAACGGUAUGGACGAGAGUGUAUGA